CUAACUGCUGUCACACAACUUACUAUUUUACAAUACACGUGUAAUAAUAGUGUUGAAACUAAACCAAAAAAAGUCUUAUCAAAAAAUAAUAAUAAUCAUUUUCAAUAGACCACCAAAAUACAUCCGAUUCAAAAAACUAAAAAUUCAACAUAAAUUCUGGAAGUAAUCAAAAUUAUAGUAAUUUCCUUGACAGUCAUUCAAUAUUAAAAAAAAAAAAAUAAAAUCGAUUAUAUAAUAAAAACUGAUAAUGUUUUUUUCAAUAUCGCGAUAUACAAUAGAAUUAUAAAUUGUGUCAUGAAUAUUCAAAAAUCAUGGGAGUACACUUACAUUUAUCAAACAAUAAAAAAGGAGGUCAAUAGUUGAAAAAAAAAUUUCCCAAUGGAUUGGAUAGAGAAAAAAAUAAUUCCAUCAACUCUCGCAUCAAAUGAUUCUUCAAUUACUCCAACUACUGCUAAUAAAAAUGUCAUUGAUAACGAUAAUAAUAACAACGAAGAUGACUCAUCUAAAGUUACAAUCAGGUCAUUACUCCAGCUUACAUCAAAUGACAGUAGAGAAUUCAUUUGCGGAUGGGGUGCCGCGGUGAUAAAUGUCGGAGUGACAUAUCCCAUAAACAAAAUAAUAUUUCGGCAAAUACUUGAAGGUGUCCAAGUUAAUAUCGCGGUAAAACAAUUAUCUAAGGAGGGUAUAAGACUGUUGUAUCGUGGAAUAUUGCCACCAUUGUGUCAAAAAACGCUAUCGCUUAGUUUAAUGUUCAGCGUUUACGAGGGCAGUAAAUAUCGUAUCCAGAUGUUAACUAACAGGCCAAUUUUGUCUAAAAUACUGGCCGCUAAUUUCGCUGGCAGUGUCGAGGCAAUUUUGAUGCCUUUAGAACGUGUCCAGACGUUGCUUCAGGAUUGGCGGUAUCACAAUAAAUUCAAAAAUACAUCAGACGCUUUUAAAUAUUUGCUUAGAAAUUACGGUGUCGGCGAAUGUUACCGCGGGUUGAUGCCGAUUAUUAUUAGAAAUGGAUUAUCUAAUUUAACAUUUUUUUCAUUGCGUGAUUUAUCGAAAGAUAUUGUCGGUAAUGACCAAACUUUAUUUAAUAAUUUUAUUUGCGGUGCGUUGAUUGGCGGAUUUACGAGCACGAUAUUUUAUCCGAUGAAUGUAGUUAAGAUUCACAUGCAAAGUAAAAUCGGCGGUGACUAUGACAGAAUUCUAGUGACACUGAGAGACGUUUGGGUGAUGAAAAAUCGUAGUAUUACUAAUUUUUAUCAGGGCGUUCAUUUGAAUUACAUGAGAUCAUUUGUAAGCUGGGGUGUCAUAAAUGCCGCGUAUGAUUUUUUGAAAUCUUUUAUUUUUUGAUUAUUUAUAUUGUAAUUUAAAUUAAAUAUUUAUAUAGAUAAAUUUAAUUACUAUGUAUAUACUGUUGUGUAUUUACUUAUAUUAAUUAAAAUGGAUAUUCAUUUAUGUAUGGAUUAUUAUAUAUAUUUAUGUAAAUUAAUAACGAUUGUAAAUGAAUUUAUUUUUGUAUGAUAAAAAAUUUUGAUUAUGA